AUGGGUCUUGAAUCCGAAUCCUACGCUCAGCAUGGCGAGUCCAUCACUCCCGCUCAACUCUCCGGUGAUGAGACCUCCUACGUCAACAGUCCCGUGCAGAAGCCCAUGAACCCUGUGGUGGACACCCCGAUCCCCCGAAUCACCCUCAAGUCCUUGACCAUGGCUCUCUUUGUCUCCAUGGGUGGUCUUUUGUUUGGUUACGAUACUGGUCAGAUCUCGGGCUUCCAAGAUAUGGAUAACUAUUUGCGCCGCUAUGGUCAGUACAUUGACGGAUCGUGGGGCUUGACCGACGUCCGUGCUGGUCUGAUCGUCGGUAUGCUUUCCAUUGGUACUCUGGUUGGCGCCCUGGUUGGCGCUCCCUUGGCCGACUUCCUGGGCCGCAAGUGGUCCAUUACCCUCUGGAACAUGGUCCUUAUCGUUGGUCUCGUCGUCCAAAUCUCUUCCCCAUCCGGUCACUGGUACCAGAUGGUCAUCGGCCGUACCGUUACUGGUCUGGGUGUUGGUGCUUGCUCACUCUUGGUGCCCAUGUACAUGGGUGAAAGCGCUCCUCGUCACGUCCGUGGUGCCAUGAUCAGUUGCUAUCAGCUCUUUGUCACCCUGGGUAUCUUCCUGGCAUACUGCAUUAACCUCGGUACCAACACCAUGGAGGGUACUGCCCAAUGGCGUAUCACCCUGGGUCUCACUUUUCUCUUUGCCUUGAUUCUCGGAGGCGGUAUGGCCCUGUUCCCCGAGAGCCCUCGGUUUGAAUUCCGUCACGGCAAGGUUGAGAGUUGCCAGAAGACCUUGGCUAGCCUGUACGGUGUACCCGAGAACCACGUCCGCAUCCUUGAGGAGAUGGAUGAGAUCCGCGAGCAGUUCGAGGCUGAGUCCGGGGAUCAGAAGUGGCACGAGUUCAUCACUGCCCCCCGCAUGUUCUAUCGUAUUGUCUUGGGUAUGGCCCUGCAAAGCUUGCAGCAGCUGACCGGCUCCAACUACUUCUUCUACUACGGAACAACCAUCUUCGAGGGUGCCGGAAUUUCGAACAGCUUCAUUACUCAGGUUAUCCUGGGUGCUGUUAACUUCGGUACUACCUUUGGUGGUUUGUAUGUGGUUGAGAACUUUGGUCGCCGCAAGUCGCUCAUCUUCGGUGCCAUUUGGAUGUUUGUCAUGUUCAUGAUCUUCGCUUCCAUCGGCCACUUCGUGCUGGACAUUGAAAACCCGGAGAACACCCCUGGCGCUGGAAAGGGCAUGAUCGUUGUCGCCUGUUUCUUCAUCGCUGGUUACGCGAUGACCUGGGGUCCUAUGAUCUGGGCCAUCGUUGCCGAGCUUUUCCCCUCUAAGUACCGUGCCAAGGGUAUGGCUCUGGCUACUGCCUCCAACUGGGCCUGGAACUUCCUCAUUAGUUUCUUCACUGUCUUCAUCACCAACGCCAUUGACUUUGCCUACGGUUAUGUUUUCGCCGGUUGCCUCUUCGUUGCCACGUUCGUCGUCUACUUCUUCGUUAUCGAGGGCAAGGGUCGCACUCUGGAGGAGCUUGACUAUAUGUACGUUCAGAAAGUCAAGCCCUGGAAGAGCAGCGGCUUUGUGAUCCCCGCUCGCCACCAAUGGGAGGACGACUGCCCUUCCGGUCGCAAGAAGGAGCAGGCUCCUACCCACGCUGAAAACGCAUAA